ACGAGCUACAGUGGACGGGUUGCUCAGUGUAGCGAAAAAGACUGGGCACACACUUCCUCGAGCUGAGCUCGUGGACUUCUUGUAUUGGUGUCGGAGACGCGGUCUCUUGACUUCUUCUGAUCAAUUAUUUGAUACCGAACAUUGGGAAAAGAUUGGGUCUGAACUAUGGCAAAGUGUGCAGAACGGCCUGAAGGGGAGCAAGCAGAUGGCACAGAUCUUCCGAAUAGUUCGGGAGAUGAUUCAACAAGUCCAUGCUGAUGCUGAAAUCGCCACCGCUUUACAAAGAGCCCUCGAUUGCUCCACACAGCCGAAGGAGAAGGAGAGGGAUGAGGGGGGAAAGGACAGUUGUUCGACGCUGAUAGACUGGGAGUCAAAACCUGAUUCUCCCCCGUCGUACCCCACAGUAGCAGCGCCUAUGUUCCGGGGAGGUUUUGAGGAUCUUAUUCCCCCUUGGGAUCCAAAUGAGACACCUGCUGGGGCGGCUGCUGCCCCCCCUUCUGCGCCUCCCCCCCCGGAAGCUAUGGAGGUCGAUCCAGCUAAAGUGCCAUUACCAGAGGACGAAAAGGCGUCUCCCCAUAGCCCUCUUAUCGACGAGCUACGGUUGCAGCGAGAACAGAUGGCUAAGUUGAUGGGGGCAAUGCAGGAACUUGACCCUAAAGGGGGAAAGGGUAAAACGUGGGAGCAGGAGCUUUUCCAAAUUCAACAGCGGCAGUUACACUUUGAAUCAAUAGAGCAGAAAAUAUUAGCAUACUGUAGGUGGGCCUUGGAGAUAGAAAUACACCGCCUGGAGAGUCAAGAGAAAACACACAUACUUCAAGUACGGUGCAGUCGGAAGGUACCCCUUAGAUUUUUUACAUCAGUAGGGCCCUUCAGAGGAAGCCCUGACCAAGCGUUGGCAGAAGCAGUUCAAAGGUUUGUUAGAAAUGAAGGGUAUCAGGGUAUUGUUCGUGUUGCUCGCUUCCGGCGUCGCCUCUUGGCUAACGAAGAUUGACCAGAGGCAAAACAUGUGGAUUACAUGGGCCAACCAGACUAAUCUAACAUCUUUCUGCUUAUCUUUAGCCACACCUUCCGAUCCAUUUCGUACUUGUCUACUGGGUGUACCCUUUCAGUCAUACACCGACCUUUUAGUUAUGAGGGGAUGGAUAAGUCCCAAUGUUCCAAUGCCCCACAAUGAAAGCCAAUUUAUAAUUCAACAUUGCACUUACACAGCAAGCCUCAGCAAUAACAAGAGUACCUGGGGAAAUGAGACGUGGUGUAGGACGC